GCACUGUCGGUCUCUCUCGCGCACUCUUCAUCUCACUCGGACGCAAUCGGUCUCUCUCGGACGCACUCGGUCUCUCUCGCGCAAUGUGUAUCUCUCUCUCUCUCUCUCUCUCUCUCUCUCUCGGCGUUCGCUUCACUUUUGUCCAGUCCGAUGCCCCAUAUUAUUUCCCCAAUCGGGCACGCGCUUCGAGUCUUCCAGCGAGCGACAUCUUCGAGAAGUUAGUCACAACAGACCCGAGCAACCGUUGGUCAAGGCGCGACAAACACCCCCCUGAACACCGUGAGCAGUGUCCACUGGCCUGCUGGUGUUCUAUGGUUUGGCUGGCUAAGCUGUAAAACACACCCCUCCCGAAUAGACUGAGCACGGUCAGGAGUUUGGUCAUCAGCAUCCGCUCUGCAUUUUUACGGUGUUACUAGCUGCCUAUCCGCCUCCACCCCUAUGGAUUUUUAUGUCGUUUUUUUUAUUUUUAAAAACGACAUUUUUGAUUACUCGAUGCUUUUUUGACUAGGAGGCUGUAUUUUCUAUUUAUUUUACGGGGCGGUAAAUACAGAAGAUGACACACAUGUACGUUAGCCGUUGUGAAGCUAGCUGAGGAAGUGGACUGUUACUUUUCCAUCCCUGUAUGAAGGAGUCGCCUUGAUGAUUCACUCUUAUGGAGACGCGACAUGCCACAUGAAGACUGAUCUCUGCCACUUUCAGGGAGACUAAUAUCAUUGCCAUCAUUCACAGGAUUGCUUGGAGCUGUCUGCAAAUGUAUAGUUAAGUGAGUUAGCUGGGGGGAUCGAUCAUCCACAGCUAGCCCAUUAGCCAACUCCCCAAGCGAUUCGUUUAGUACAGUAUUAACAGUUUAUGUCGUGUCAUUCACUUUGUUUUUACCGAUAGUCAUUCAGAUUGCGUUUAGAAAAUGUCCUUUUUCAAUUUUCGGAAGAUAUUUAAGCUGGGCACGGAGAAAAAGAAGAAACAGUAUGAGCACGUUCACAGAGAUGUCAACCCAGAGGAGGUGUGGGAGAUCGUGGGGGAACUCGGGGAUGGAGCCUUCGGGAAAGUCUACAAGGCUCAAAACAAACAGACCGGGAUCCUGGCUGCUGCUAAAGUGAUCGAUACCAAAACAGAAGAGGAGCUGGAGGACUACAUGGUAGAGAUCGACAUCCUCGCCUCCUGUGACCAUCAGUAUAUAGUCAAACUGCUGGAUGCUUUCUAUUAUGAGAGCAAACUCUGGAUUCUCAUUGAGUUUUGUGCUGGAGGAGCGGUAGACGCUGUGAUGUUGGAGCUGGAGCGGCCAUUGACAGAGCCUCAGAUCCGGGUUGUGUGUAAACAGACGCUGGAGGCGCUGACUUACCUCCAUGAGAAUAAGAUUAUACACCGGGACCUGAAGGCUGGAAAUAUUCUCCUUACCUCAGAUGGAGAUGUGAAAUUAGCUGACUUUGGAGUGUCUGCAAAGAAUACAAAGACCAUUCAGAGAAGAGACUCUUUCAUUGGAACACCAUACUGGAUGGCACCCGAGGUGGUGAUGUGUGAGACGUCGAAGGACAGACCGUAUGACUACAAAGCAGACAUCUGGUCCCUGGGGGUGACUCUGAUCGAGCUGGCACAGAUCGAGCCACCCAACCACGAGAUGAACCCAAUGAGAGUCCUGCUAAAAAUAGCAAAGUCUGAGCCCCCCACACUCUUAACUCCAUCACGAUGGUCUCCUGAGUUCAGUGAUUUCCUGCGGAAAGCACUGGAUAAGAAUGUAGACAACAGGUGGAAUGCAUUGCAGCUCUUACAGCAUCCAUUUGUUUCGAAUGUGAUGGAUAACAAACCACUGCGAGAGCUGAUUGCGGAGGCUAAAGCCGAAGUGUUUGAGGAGAUUGAAGAAGGAAAAGAGGAAGAGGAGGAAGAAGAGCCAGAGUCCCAGCCGGUGGUGCCUGGACACAAACGUGCAUUAUCGGACACCAGCUUUGGCAGCUUGGAGGAUGAGAGGCAGUGUCAGAAUAUGCCAGCUCUUGAGUCUGUCACAGAGAAGGCUGAACCUGAAAGAAAACCCAGUUCAGACAAUCAAGUCAGUGAUAAGAUCUCCGACAUGGUGGUAGACACCAGCGAAUCCAUCCAUGUUGAGGAUGAGAAGAUGAAUGAAGCCAGUCCAUCAGAUACUAGCAAUGAGGAAUCACCUUCAGGUGAGGAAGCCAUACCUAAACAUGACGAAUCUCACACACCUGUGACCAUUGAAGAAGAGAUUACUGGUCAGCCAAACCCUCCAGUAUCAGAUGACACUGUCCUCCAAGAGAUUGUAACCGUCAGUGAGGAAACUGGGGAGGAAGAGAAGAAGGAAGUGAAGGUGGAAGAGCCACCACAGCAGACAAAAGAAGAGUAUAAAGAACCACAGCAGGAAGCCAAAACACAAACCACCGAAGAUGAAGAAGAGGAACCUACCCAACCUUCAGAUAUAGCUGCACCGGAGAACAAAUCUGUUGGUGUUACUGAAGAAGCCAUCACUGAAUCAAAUGAGGUUGCAGAAAUAACUGAAGACAAAAUUGAGACAGAAGAAGUAAUGAAUAAAAAGGAACCAGUGGAAGAUGAGAGAACGGUACCCUCACCACAUGUCCCAACAGAAGAGUUAAAGGAGGAGCAAACUGAAACUUCACCAGAUGUUUCUACACAAGAGAUAAAGGAGGGUCUUCCUCCAGUGGCAAUAGAAGACCAAGAAAAAGCUGGAGAUAAGGGGGAGGGUUCAGAACCCAAAGACGAUAUUGCAACCAAGGGGGUAGAUGUAGAAGAGAACAACUCUGUGAAUGAAUUCCCUGUUGUUGUCAUCAAUGGUGCAAAAGUAGAGGAGGUCAGCUCAACAGAGGAACCUCAAGAAGCCCACGAAGACAGACCAGAGAUCCAGGAAGCACCUACUGUGCCUGAGAGUGACCAGAAUUCAGAAGUGACGAAACCUGAUGCUGAAAAGGAGAAAGACUCUGACUCAGGCAGCAGUUCUGCUGCAGAUACUAACAGCAUUGACAUUAAUCUGUCAAUCUCCAGCUUCCUGUCCAAAAACAAAGAAGGUUCUCUUUCAAUACAGGACAACAGGCGCCAAAAGAAAACUCUGAAAAAGACCCGCAAGUUUAUGGUCGACGGGGUGGAAGUCAGUGUCACCACAUCCAAGAUUGUCAAUGACAAUGACACCAAGAGUGAGGAACUGAGAUUUUUGAGGCGUCAGGAGCUAAGAGAACUGAGGCUGCUGCAAAAAGAGGAGCAAAGAGCUCAACAGCAGCUCAGCAAUAAACUGCAGCAGCAGAAAGAGCAGCUCUUCAGACGCUUCGAGCAGGAAAUGGCGGGAAAGAAACGUCAGUAUGACCAAGAGGUGGAGAACCUUGAGAAACAGCAGAAACAGACCAUAGAGCGUCUGGAGCAGGACCACACCAACCGGCUGAGAGAUGAGGCCAAGAGGAUCAAAGCAGAGCAGGACAAGGAGCUCUCGAAGUUCCAGAACAUGCUGAAGAACCGCAAAAAAGAGGUAACCGAGAAAGAGAGAUGCAGACUCUGAUGCACUGUACUUGCUUUGCAUGUAUUUGUUCAUCAGACCGUGACCUGUUAAUUGUUGGUUCUAAGGAUGAGCAUUUAGAGUAAUCUAAUAGCAAAGUACCCUAACAGUUUUUUUUUUUUUACAUUUGCAAAGGUGACAGUCUAUUUGUGAGUAGUAUUUGCUAGUCAACGAGUUAGGAGAAUGAGUACUUGACUGUUGGAUUACUCAUGCUCAUCCCUAAUUAGUAUGCUUUUAGCAGCUUUUUUUCAUUCUUGUUUUCUGGGAAUGCAAAAGCCAAACAGACACUCUUGCGUUUGGCUAAUGUACAUUGGCAGCUUUGCUUCUGAUUCACAAUGCAGCUGCAAAUGGAAUUGAUUUUUUCUCAUCUGUCCUCUUAGACACAUCUCAGCAGUGUCUCUUGCUUUGUAUUCAGACUUGUAAAUGCAAAGCUGUUCUUUUCUUAUCACGUUAUGUUUGCCGAACAAAACCCUGGCUUUCACAUUCAGUUACCUCCAUCCUCAGAGAGGCUGCAGAGACAGCUUUAAAGGUUAAUUGGGUGCUAAGCAAUGGCUUAAAAGCAAAAUAAAGGCUCUUUUAAGUUCAUCUCAUCUUCCUCCUGCUGGUGUUUUCAAGUGUUGCUCAUGCAUGAAGGGAUUUCAGUGCAUGCAUGGCUUCAGGGAAACAGAGUUUAGUUUAGUUAGUCUUAUUUGCUUUAAGGUAGUGAUGCAUGAUGCAUGUGCUUUCAUAGUCAGUAACAUCAUAAUAAUAAAUCACAUUUUUGCUGUCUCUUGUUGCAGCAUGAUUAUCAGCCAGCAUGAUACAUGCUUAGAGCGAGUGGCAAACUGUAUUAGCACUAUUAGAGUCUCUCUUAAGUUCUUUCUUUUUAAAGUUUAACUUUUUCUUUGACACUUGUACCAGACAGCUUGUUCCUCUCUAAUGCUGUCAUAUGCAUGAACAAAGUGCCUUAAUGGAUUCAGAUAAGGCAAUGUUUCAUUUCUCUCCCUCUCUUUCUCCCUUUCAUGACACACUGUUCAAAGAUUUCUUGAUAUUUAUUAUUUGUACCUAUGAAGUAAUAACAUAAGUGAAUGUAAAAUGACAUGUUUUUGAUAUUAUGUUUUUGUAACUGUCACUAAUUAUGUUGCCUGUGUGAGUGUGUUGUAAUGAGUGGAGAUCAGUGCUGUGGUGAAGGGCCUCUUCUCUUAACAGGAACGCACUGUAUUUAUAGACUAUGACUAUGUACUAGGAUAGUUUCCAUUCAUUUAAAAAAAAAUACUGCUAAAAUUGACCUUCAUUGCAAGAUGUACACCUCUAUUGCUGAGCAUCAGAUAAAGUAAUAUAUGCAGUACUGUUCAAAAGGUUGGGGUUAGUAUGAUUUUUUUUUCUUUAUACUUUAUUAAAACAAACUUAUGCUUAAGCAAGGAUUCAUAAAAUGUAUCAAAACUGACAGUGAAGACAUUUGUUAUAAAUAUUUUUAUUUCAAAUAAAUGCUGCUUUUGAACUGAAUCCUGAAAUGUAACAUGAUGUCCACAAAAUUAUG